AUGUUUGAAGUGGCGAAAAUCUUGCCAACAAGAUUAUGCAAGCAUAAAUGUGGUUCGAUGCCAUUGGCUAAGGCAAAAAAACUUUCCAAAAUCACCAAUGUUAGGAGGUCUGACCGCGUUGUCUUGAAUGAGACCUCGCUCCACGAUUCAACGACAUCGGAUUUGCCUUUGGAUUCUCCAAUGAAUCAUGACUCACCAAUCCAACAGGAGUCCAGGCCUAUUGGGAGAAAGGUGCCAAAGACCAAGAGAGGGAGUAAUUCCACCAAUGAUACUACAAAAGUUUUGGAGCAAAUUGCUUUGAACGGCACAAUGAGAAUUGAGAGAGACAUGAAAAGAGAUGCGAAUGAGAAGGUAAUGUAUAAAGAAUUUACAAGAGAAAGGAAGUAUGCACGCAAACAAGACAUGGAGAAUAAGGAUCGGGAAACCAUAGCCAUGGAUAUGAGCCAUAUAUCCCCGAAAUAA